AUUCAGUUGACUUCGAUAGUUCAGCGAGAAACAAAUAAAGUGAAUAUUCGCUCUUCGCUUAAAUAAUAAAAUAAGAAAAACUAAUCAAAAUGCGUCUGGGUGCAACUGUUCCAAACUUCAAGGCGGAGACCACAAAGGGUCCCAUUAGCUUCUACGAAUGGCAGGGCAACUCCUGGGUGGUGCUCUUCUCGCAUCCAUCUGACUUUACGCCCGUGUGCACCACAGAGCUGGGUCGCAUCGCUGUCCAUCAGCCGGAGUUUGCCAAGCGCAAUACCAAGUGCUUGGCCCAUUCGGUGGAUGCCUUGGACUCCCAUGUCGAUUGGGUGAAUGACAUCAAGUCGUAUUGUCUGGAUAUUCCCGGCGAGUUUCCAUAUCCCAUCAUUGCCGAUCCCACACGCGAUUUGGCCGUGUCGCUGGGCAUGCUUGAUGAGGAGCAAAAGCAGGAUCCCGAGGUGGCCAAGACCAUACGGGCGCUCUUCAUCAUCAGUCCGGAUCAUAAGGUGCGCCUGUCCAUGUUCUAUCCCAUGUCGACGGGACGCAAUGUUGAUGAGAUCUUGCGCACCAUUGACUCGCUGCAGCUGACCGAUCGCCUAAAGGUGGUUGCCACGCCCGCCAAUUGGACUCCCGGCACCAAGGUCAUGAUCCUGCCCUCCGUCACCGACGCGGACGCCCACAAACUGUUCCCCAAGGGCUUCGACAAGGUCUCCAUGCCAUCGGGCGUCAACUAUGUGCGCACCACUGAGAAUUAUUAGGGGACUCU